GCACUUGCACAAUGCCAACCGCCGGCACAUUGUGCGAGGGGCGUGUUAGCAGCCUACAUUGUUGGCCACGCCAAUCAGGAUGCACAUGGACAAGGAGGCUCAGUCUCACCACUUCACGCCGCAGUUCUAAACCCCGCACGCCAAGGCAAACUCCGUUCGUCCUCUUCGAACGCAGGCCCGGUCCAGCAGGCUCGAGCAGCCUCUGACAUCUCCGAGCAGCACCCGCGUUUGGGCUACGAUGGCCGACCCGCGAUCUUCCAGGAGCGCCGCCGCGGCUGCUGCCGAGAAAUCUCUCACGGGAAAGAACUCCGACCGGGACCCGGCUACACUCACCGCCCUUCGCGGCCCGAGCCCGCAGAGAAGCAGCUUCGCGGACAAUCUCUCUGCCACAUCCACCCUCGUCGCGCCCGACAUCAAGCUCCUGGGCCCCAAGGGGCACGACGGCCGCCGUCGGCACGGGCGAAGGAGCCUCGGGACGUCGCUUCGUCGUCUGACGCUGCCGUGUCUCGGGAGCUCAGAGCAAACACACAUGCAAGCAGUAGCUGCUCCGAGAGACAGGGAGACGAUCAAAAUCCUGCUGCUAGGGCCGUCCAACUCGGGCAAGUCGACGCUCUACAACCAGAUGCGCCUCCUCUACACCAAAGACGAGUUCCAGCGGCGCAAGCUCGGCUGGAGAGCGGCGAUUCUGGAGAACCUGCUGGGCCACGUCCAGGCCGUGUACCAGGAGGGCAAGACGCGUGGCUGGCCAUUCUCCCGCGUGGUCAAGCGCUCUCUCCGCGAGCUGUCCGACCUCAAGGACCGCAUCUACCGCUGGUGGGAGCUCGUCGAGCUGCCGGCCGAGGCUCUGGCCCCGCUGCGCAACCUGCGCGACAGCGAGAGCUGGCGCAGGGCCCUGCAAACAUACAGUCUGACAGACACGUCAGUCGACGCCUUUUACUUCAUGGACAUACUGGAACGGCUGUUCGACGGCAAGUACGCCCCCAGCACCCAGGACGUGCUCAACACGCGGCUCAAGACGACGGGCAUCGUGGAGACGGCCGUCGACGUCGGCGGCGACCUGCGGUACCGCGUGUUCGAUCUGGGCGGCGCGCGCGCCGAGCGCAAGAAGUGGAUCCACGCCUUCGACAGCGUCGACGUCGUUGUGUUCCACGCGCCGCUGGGCUCGUUCAACGAGCGCGUCGACGAGGGCGCUGAGGCGAGCCAGCUCGACGAAGCCCUCGAGCUCUUCGCCAGCAUCGCCAACUUGAAAUGGUUCACGCGCACGCUGAUCGUCCUCAACUUUACCAAAUCCGACUGCCUGCGGCGCAAACUGGCGGCCGGCGUCAAAGUGUUCACGACAAAACAACAGACGCUCCCUGACACAUGGCCGGACAAGAGCGAGACGGUGGCCAACGUGUCGGCAAUCUAUGCCGACAAGUUCCUGCGCGCUGCCCCAGAGACUGCUGAAAAUGUUGUUGUUACGUUUGCCGACGCGAACGAUGUGCUGCAGGCGGCGCGGCUGUGGGACCUGGUUGAGGCGAAGGUGCGGGAGAGGGUCGUGCCGUUUCGGAAUGAGCUGUCCCAGUCUCUUGUUGUAUGAGGUCCCAGUCUCGU